UUAUAUUAUAGGUUAUAAAUCGUAUCAAUCGAAAUUUAAGUAGAAUACUGCUUAAUCAUAGUAAAAUGGUUGUUUUAACCAUGGAUCCUGUCAAAAGAGCGCAAGUUCUUGAUUUAAUGAAAGAAAAAGAAAGAAUCGAGGAAGAAAUAAACCAAUGUGGAACUGUUUUGCGAAAUAAUAGAAUUAAUAUGACUGAUCCUUUAGUGGACAACAAUGACUGUCCCAGAAAUGAUAUUGAUGUUUACCAAGUUCGUCAUGCUAGACAUAGAAUCAUAUGUUUACAAAAUGACUUGAAAAAUAUUAUGAAGGCAAUAGAAAAUGGUUUACAUGAAAUCCACGAACCUUUACUUAGUGCUGGUGCAUCUUCUUCUGAUUCAGCAACCAGUCUCAAUAUUCAAAAGGGUGCAGAUUUGAUUAAAGAACUACACAUACAGAAAAGUAUGAAGAAAAAACCAUUUGCAAAAAUUACUGUUGUGUCUGUGGAUUCUCCAGCUCAACAAGCUGGCCUUGUUGUUGGUGAUGUUAUUACAGAAUUUGGUUCUCUUCAUUUUGAUAAUUUCACAUCACUUCAUCAGAUUGGACAGAUUGUUAGUAAUAGUGUUGGCAAAAAUGUUGUAGUGGUUGUACUUCGACAUGGGGCACCUAUGAAACUAAAUUUAGUACCUCAAAAAUGGCACGGCCAAGGAUUUCUUGGUUGUAAUGUGAUAUCAUUGGAUGAAACAAAGCCUUAAUUAUUAUUGAAACAAUAUGGCUGAAAAUUUUCUUGUAAUAAUGUAAUUGGAUGAAGCAAAUUCUUGAUUUUUGUUAAUAUUUGUAUGUCAUCUGUUUUCAAACAAAAUUAUUCAGAAUAAAUGAAGAGA